AUGAGCAAAGCAGUUAAAAUACUUCCGAAACUAGAUCAGACCAAAAUAAAAUUGGAUUUGCACACUGCUGUAUCACAAGCUGAAAUAAGGAAACUUCAGACACAAGCACAAAUUUUUAGAACACCAAUUAAUGUGACUCACCAGAUAGUUACUCGGCCACAACAACCGCUGCCACUCCAGCUACCCAUUCAACAUGACAUGAUGACAUUUCCAGCAGUCCCAGCUACACCAACUCUCGACAACAUUAACUCUCAACAAUCGGCCUCAACACUUUAUAAUUUUGAAGAAGAUAACAUCUCAUCAUAUUAUAGCAAUGCAGACUUUUCUGAUGAUAACUGA